AUGUCGCUUUUCAGAUCCAAGCGCUUGGACCUUAGCGGGUUUAUCAACGCCCGUGUCAUUCGUGACCACACCAAACGGAAGGUCUUCGAGCAGCACGAGCCUGAACGCCAAGCUCUCCGUUACAUCAUCCGCAACACCUCCCUUCCACAGCGUACCCGUGCCCAGGCUCAGUUGCAGCUUUCCCAGAUGCACGCCUACACCCGGCCCACUCAGAUCAAGAACCGCUGUGUGGCGGGUGGUAUUGCUCGAAGUGUGAUUCGCGACUUCAGAAUUGCUAGAUACCAAUUCCGUCAACAGGCACUGGCUGGUGAACUACCCGGUGUGAAGAAAGCCAGUUGGUAG